AUGAAAACGUUACAUCUAGUUUCCCCUCUCCCUUUUCUUUUCACAGCUUUUCUCUUCCAACUCCAACAAACUCCAGCCCUCCAAUACUCCUCCAGCAGCACCACUACUGCCACUGUUUAUGACCCAACCGCCACCGUCAUGCAGCCAACUCCGGCCACCCCUGUAAACAACACAGAUUUUACCCGCACAAGUUGCGAAACAACACUAUACCCCGAACUAUGCUACAAUUCUCUUGCACGCUAUGCCAAUGUUGUGCAGCAAGAUCCCGGUCGACUAGCACGUAUUGCCAUCAACAUUACCCUAACCGAAGCCGAGCUGAUGCCUGCUUACAUAUCAAAUCUCACACACCAAACUGAGUAUGGAGCAAGAGCUGACCCUCGGGCGGUGAAUGCUCUACACGACUGCUUUACUGUUCUUAGUGAUGCGGUCGAGCAAUUACGUAGCUCGCUCAAGCAGCUCAGCCAGCUGGAAAGCCCCGGCCCGACAUUCUUGUUUCAAGUGAGCAACGUUCAGACGUGGAUGAGUGCUGCCUUGACCAACGAGGAGACAUGCACUGACGGAUUUAGUGACGUUCCCGACACACCGAUGAAAAGUGACGUAUGUGAUCAAGUAGAGAAAGUGAAGGAAAUGACUAGCAAUGCGCUAGCGUUGGUUAAUAAUUAUGUUGCCCGUGAGCUGUGA